AUGGCACCGAAUCUAAGCAAGCUGCUUGGGAACCAGAAUGCCGUAAUUGGUGCUGCCGGAUGUACCGCGGCUGCCUGCAUCAUACUGUACGGUAAACAGAUCCACAAGAAUCGCAAGCAGCGACCGGAGGAUGAGAUACAAUAUCUAAUCAGCGACAAAAAAGAAAAGCGCAGCCCGAAGGCCCAUGUCAAUGCCGUUUUCUUUAACCAGCUGCGCGCACUAUUAGGCAUCAUCAUACCGAAGGCAUGGAGCGUCGAGAACGGGUUGCUCAUCGUGAUUGCUUUGUCGCUGAUUGCCCGGUCGGUCAGCGAUAUCUGGAUGAUACAGAAUGCGACGGCGAUCGAGAGCACAAUCAUUACGAUGAACAAGAAGCAGUUCCGGACGGCGUUGGUGAAAUACCUUUCGGCCCUGCCUGCGAUCGCAGUCGUAAACAAUGUGCUAAAAUGGAGCAUAGGCGAGCUAAAACUACGCUUCCGAACGAACCUGUCGCAAUAUUUAUACAACGAGUACCUGAAAGGAUUCACCUACUACAAAAUGUCAAACUUGGACAACCGGAUAGCGAAUGCGGACCAGCUGCUGACGACGGAUAUUGACAAGUUCUGCGAGAGCGUUACCGAUCUGUACUCGAACAUUUGCAAACCACUGCUAGACAUCGUGAUUUACGUGUACCGGCUCACGACCAACCUUGGCGGCACGACACCCGGCAUCCUGCUGCUGUAUCUGUUCUUCUCCGGCGUGUUCCUUACCAACCUGCGCAAACCGACCGGCCGGCUGACGGUGAUGGAGCAGAAGCUGGAGGGCGAGUUCCGGUACGUUAACAGCCGGUUGAUAACUAACUCGGAAGAGAUCGCGUUCUACAAGGGCAACAAUCGGGAGAAACUAACGAUACUGGCGAGCUUCAACAAGCUCGUCGCUCAUAUGCGCAAGUUCCUGGAAUUCCGCGUCGGUAUGGGCAUCGUGGACAAUAUGGUGGCCAAAUAUAUUGCAACCGUUGUUGGGUUCUAUGCCGUUUCCCUACCGUUCUUUGAGAAGGAUCAUCCGUUGCUCACUGGUAGCCAACAGAGCGAACGGUUGAGCCGUUACUACACAUUCGGACGCAUGCUGGUAAAGCUGGCGGAAGCUAUUGGGCGAUUGGUGUUGGCCGGCAGGGAGAUGUCACGGCUCGCCGGAUUUACCGCACGCAUGACCGAGUUGACGGUGGUACUGAAGGAUCUCAACUCUGGCCGGUACGAGCGUACGAUGGUGAACAAUUCGGCCAUUGCCGAUAUGGGCGAUAUCGGCCCUGGUCGGGGUCUGCUCAAGUUCCAGGACAAUUUGAUCAAGUUCGAGCAUGUGCCGCUGGUAACGCCGAAUGGGGACGUGCUAGUCAAGGAUUUAACGUUCGAGGUAAAGUCCGGCAUGAAUGUGCUCGUUUGCGGACCGAACGGAUGCGGUAAGAGCAGUCUGUUCCGCAUACUGGGCGAACUGUGGCCGACGUGGGGUGGCAAGGUGACCAAACCACCUGCCGGUAAGCUGUUCUACAUUCCCCAGCGACCGUACAUGACACUCGGUUCGUUGCGUGAUCAGAUUAUUUAUCCACAUACGCACCAAGAGAUGAAACGGCGCGGUAAAACCGAUGCCGACCUGCUGAAGUAUCUCGAGCUUGUGCAGCUCACCUAUCUGCAGGUGCGCGAAAAGGGACUGGACGCGAUCGAGGACUGGAUCGAUGUGCUGUCCGGCGGUGAGAAGCAGCGUAUCGCAAUGGCGCGACUGUUUUACCACAAUCCACAGUUCGCCAUCCUGGACGAAUGUACGUCCGCGGUGUCGGUGGACGUCGAGGGCAGCAUGUACGAGUACUGCCGUAUGGUCGGUAUUACGCUUUUUACCGUAUCACAUCGGAAGUCGCUCUGGACGCAUCACGACUUCUACCUCAAAUUCGAUGGACACGGUGCAUACGAGUUUGCUCCGAUCGAUUGGACGCAGGAAAAGUUUGGCUCUUAA